AUGAAUUAUAUAUUUUUUGUUUUUAUACUUUUUUUAUUACCACAAAUUGCAUUAACAUGUUCCUAUUUUCCAAUAUUAUAUGGUGUUAAUACACAACAACCAUUAGGAUACUCAACUAACAUAUUCAUACGUAAUAGUGAUGAUUGUCGUGAUGCAUGUAUCAAAGAAACUAAUAUUACCUGUACAGCUUUUUUAUGGCCAGGAUAUCCUGGACAUUGUUAUCUUUUUGAUAAAGUUAAUCUAUCAAUACAAAUAUUUAAAGAUGAUGGACCAUAUAUUCUUUAUGUUAAAAGUUGUAAUGAUACAAUUCCAUCAAUAGGAUAUUGUGAAUUUACUGUUAAUCAAACAGGUAUCACUUACCAUCCAUCUGCAAAAGCAGAAUCACCGGGGCAAACAACACAAGAAUCAUGUUUUCAAUUUUGUAUAAAUCAAUAUAAAGGAUUUAAUUAUGAAGCAUUUAUUGUUAAUCCAAAUGGUUUAUCUAAUUGUAUGCUUUAUGAAGAUAUUCCACAAGAUUUACCAACUGGUAACUUAAAUUUAUGGACAAAAAAUUGUCAUGCACCACCAAAAAAUUGUGAAUAUACACAAUGGAGUGAAUGGGGAGCAUGUUCAGCGACGUGUGAUGGUGUUCACAUAAAAACAAGAGAAGUCUUACAAGAAGGUGAUCCUAAUGGUGUUCCCUGUUUAGAUUCAGAAAAAUCAUUAACAGAAAAUUGUUCCGUUUCCUGCGACUCAAUAUGUACAUACGGUAAUUGGAGUAUGUGGAGUGAAUGUGAUGAAAAUUGUAAUCAGUUUUCUACAAGAGAAUUAUUAACAGGAAAAGUAGAAGAAUGUGAUACAAUUGAUGAACCAUUGAUAAAUAAUAAAAAUUGUACUGGUGGCGCCUGUCCAACACCACCACCUCCAGUAACAACAACAAUAACAGUAGAAAUUACAGAGACAACUCCCAUCACCUCAACAUUACCUCCAACAACAUUUUCGUCAUCAAAAAUUGUCCAAUCAUCAUCAACUUUAGCACCAUGUAUUUUUGGUAAUUGGUCAGAUUGGAGUGAAUGUAAUAAAGAUUGUAUACAAAACAAAGAAAGACCAUUAAUUUCUGGUGAGGAGGAUUACUGUAUAACAAUGAAUGAUACACUUAUAGAAACAAGAUCAUGUACUGGAGGAUUAUGUCCACCUCCAGGAACAUCACCUCAUCCAAUUAUUGUUGAAGAUGGUUGUAGAAUAGAUAAUGUUGAUUCUAAUUCUCGUCCAUCAAAAAAUUUUAAAGCUGUAGGUAAACAAGAAAAUUGUAUUACUAGAUGUAAAAGUGAAACAAAGUUUAAAUGUGGAGCAUAUAUAACAGCAGGUCCAGGAAAAUCAUGUAUAUUAUUUGGAAAUGUUACAAAACCAGUGAUGCAAGUUUCAAAUUCAAUAUAUUAUAUGCAAGAUAUAAAUUGUGUUGUGGGAAAAACACCCGAAACAGCAAUAUGUGUAUGGGAAAAACAAGAAAACAAAGUCGAUGGUACAACAGGGACAACAGCAAAUGUAGCAUAUCGAUAUUAUACUAUGGAUGCUAAUCAUUGUGAACAACUAUGUAACAUGAAUCAUCCAUUAUUUGAUACAGAAUAUUGUGGAGCUUGGGUUUUUAAUCCGGUAGCAGGUUUUAUGAAAACUUCACCUAAUUGUUACUUAUACAAACCAUUAACUAAUGGUGACAUAAGUUCUUUCCAAAGUGGUUCUGGUGAUUUAUAUAUUAAAAAAUGUUCUUAA